AUGUCGUUGGUCGCAUACUCAGAUUCCGAAAGCUCAGAAGAUGAGAAGAUCCAGCCGCAACCGAAGACCGAUAAGCCCUCAACGAAGAUUGCCAUCAAGACGAACACAAACUUCACAGUCAACAAAGCGAACCCCAGAAAGAUCCAGGUCAAGCUACAAGAUGCCCCCGUAAACGGUGAUACAGAUGGAGAGCCUGCUCCGAAGCGACCUCGAAUCGGCGGUGGAGGGGGGACGUUCAGUGGUUUCAACGCGAUGCUGCCUGCGCCCAAACGAGAUGCUGAUUCCAAAGCCCCUCUAAAGCCUGCUGCAAGGAAAGUCUUUAGCCUGAAGACGGGCGCUGAGCCUGGCUUCAGUCGAGAAGCGGAUGAAGAGCUACGCAAUUUGUUUGCAGACCAAGAGCACCAAAGGGAAAGCACAAACUUCGAUACGGAUGAGACUAUACCUCCGAUACCGAAACGAGCAGGCCACGCGAGAGACGUACCGAAGCCGCAGCCGAUACAAGGAAAUCCCUUCAUGUUCAAACCACUCUCCGUGGUGCGAAAUAGUAAGAAGACAAAAAAGAAGCUUGAUGGCCUGAAAUCAGCAAUUGCGACAGCGCAGGGUGAGGCGACAGCUGCUUUAUCGAGUGAUGCGGGUUCUGCGCACUCCCGAAUUGCUGAGCCUGGUCCUCCUCUGAAGAAAGUCAGCCUAUUCUCCAUGGAUGGAGGGACAACGACAGCGCCACAACCUCAAGACCAACAAGAAGAGGACGAGAUCGUCGAGUUUUUAGAUGAAGCUCCUGAAGAGGCCAUUCCCUCAGUACCAAUAGAAGUUCCUGUCACUAGCUCAGCAAAUCCUCAGCCUCAAUCCCUCGACUCCAUCGCUGCUGAUCUGAAUCUCUCGAAGGCAGACCGGCGGCAGCUGUUCGGGCGCCGCGGUCGGUCAAGUGGUACAGCCAUCAACGUGGUCAACUUCAACACGGACCAGGAAUAUGCGGCGAACGAACUCUUGCGCGCGACCGGAGAGCAAGUGCAACACAAUCCAGUUCGAGCUAUUGCUCCAGGCAAACACAGCCUGAAACAACUGGUAAAUGCCGCCACCGGGCAGAAAGAGGCACUCGAAGAAAGCUUUGCCACCGGCAGGAGAAACAAAAAGGAGGCUGGAAGCAAAUAUGGAUGGUAA